AUGUCCGAAAGAUACAGUUUUUCCCUGACGACUUUUAGCCCCUCGGGAAAAUUGGUUCAGAUCGAGUAUGCGCUUAAAGCUGUUGAGGCAGGUGCUCCAUCUGUGGGGAUUCGCGCGACAAAUGGUGUCGUGUUAGCUGUUGAGAAGAAGUUCACCUCAAAGUUGAUUGACGAGAGUACUAUCCACAAGAUUGAAAACGUGAGCAAAAACAUCGGCAUGGUCUACAGUGGGCUUUCACCGGAUUAUCGUGUUUUGGUGAAGCAAGCUAGAAAAUCGGCCCAAGCCUACGAGAUGGCUUAUGGAGAUACGAUAUCCCCGGAGCAGCUGGUUGUCAGGACAGCAGCCGUUAUGCAGGAAUAUACGCAAUCAGGCGGCGUACGUCCUUUCGGGGUCUCACUUUUGAUCGCCGGGUGGGAUUAUGAAGCCAAACGACCCUACCUCUAUCAGUGUGAUCCAUCAGGCACUUAUUUUCCUUGGAAAGCCACGGCCCUUGGACACAACUCUCAGAACGGCAAAUCUUUUCUAGAAAAAAGGUACAACAAAGACCUUGAACUAGACGAUGCAGUGCAUGCCGCCAUUCUUACAUUGAAGGAGAGCUUUGAGGGUCAAAUGACAGAGAAUAAUAUCGAGAUUGGGAUAUGCAACGAACGCGGUUUCCGAGUUCUUACUCCGAGUGAAGUCAAAGACUACUUGGCUGCAAUCCAGUAAAAAUCACAUCUUUCCUCCGAUCCGGACCCUUUCUGGUUCACAAAAACACUUUUCGAAUACAGUUUGAACAGUUUUG